AUGGAUUUAUCAAAGGAUUAUUUAUACAACAGAGAGAAAAUUGUUUUGUUAAUUUGCGAUUUUUAUGAGACUUCUCAAAUACCCAUUUCAAUGCUGGAAAUAAAGGAUAAUAUAGCACUCUUCCCAGUAGCAAAUAUCCCACUAAUUGAGUACAUUCUUACUAAUUUAAUGGACCAGCAAUUGAAGAAUGUGGUUGUAGCAGGGAACAGAAUAGAAUCGAUAAUUGAUCACAUAAAGACCACAAAAUUUUUUAAAUACAUGAAUAUUAGAGCGUUGAAGUCUAAUGGGAACUGCCUUGGCGAUAUAUUUAGAGAAAUUCAUAAUUAUGAGUAUGAGUUUUUGGAUUUGGUGAUAAUGUAUGCCAAUCACUACACGAAUGUUCCGCUCGAUAAGCUCAUUGCCAGGCAUCGAAAUUCCAAAAAUACAAUCAUGACUGUAUUUACACACAAAAUAGACACAAAUGAUAUUUACACACACAUAUAUGCUACUAAAGAUGGUGUGAUUUGCUAUUAUCAGAAGGUAUCCGGAAUCAAAGCCAAUUCUGAGGAUAUGCUGAAGAUAUUAAAAGAAAAUCAAUCCCUCUACAUUCACACAUGCUACAGUAGUCCUACAAUAGCAAUAAUUUCAAAUCCAAUAUUCUCAAUUUUUACCGAUAAUUUUGACUAUGCAAAUCUCGGUGAUUUCAUCGUAGGGAUGAUUGCUUCUGGGAUUUAUAAUUACAAAUUCCAAAUGGUCACGCAAGAUGAUCUCAAGAAACAACAUGCAGCCAAUCAUCACGAGCCAGUAGGGUCUGGACGGCAUUACAAAGAGAAUUCUUGUAUGGAGGGGUGUUUAGGGGGGGAAGGUUCAAACGAGGAUCCUGAAUGUUACUAUAGCAAAGAAAUUAUAACUCUUUUUGAUUAUUUCAGGAUUAACGAUGAUGUUUUGAAGAUGUCUUCUUCGGUGUUCCGUUUACCACAGACGCCAAACUAUGUAAAAGGACAUGUAAAAAAGCUUCAUAGAAUUGAGAACUCUGUGAUAGGAGAGAAAAGCUCGGUGGAGGGCAGUCUUAGGAACUGCAUUGUGUGGGAAAACUGCCAUAUUGUGAAUGAUUUGGACGACUUUAUCAUAAUUACAAACGGAAGGAUGUUUAAUGUGUUUCAUCUUGAAUGUGAAGCUCGCAUAGACAGUCCAGAAACAAACUCUCAGGAACAAUUCCAUAAGAAAGAGACCUUCUUUGACGAUUUCAACGAUUAUUUGAAUUCAUUGAUCGACAGUUCUGAUCUCGAUGAGCUAAAGUUUGACGAUGUAUUUAAACAGAUAUCGUUGUUGAGAAUUAUUUGGAAUGCAUCUCGGCAGGAGGUGAUUGAAGCUUUUGCAUUUUUCUUUAUUGAGAGCAUAGAUUUUGAAGAUCUUGAAAAUUCGGUUUCAAAAGCGAGCUGGUUCUUUGGAAUUCUUCCGGAGUUUGUGCAAACAAUGGAUGAUCAAGAAUUGCUCAUGGAAUGCAUACAUUGGAAUCUUCAUGAGGUUGAGUUUGGACUUAAGACACAGAUAUUUUUUAACUAUGCUUUUUUGCUGGUUGAAGCUGGAAUAAUAGAAAAGGCUGUAGUGAAGCAGUUUAACAAAAUGCAUAAAAGUGGAACCUUUUGA